AUGGCAGCAGUCACGGCCCCCUCAGAAGACACCAGAGACCCGAGUGCCCGCCCUGGGGGCCUUGAGGCGAGCCUGGAGACCAGCUCAGGUGGAAGGCCAGCGCGCCGGCAGAAGGCCGUCCCCGGAGCCCACCUGACCUUCGUCAUCGACUGUGCGCGAGGGAAGCAGAUCUCCCUGGCAGCGGCCCCAGGGCCACCCCGCACCCCUGGUCCCAACCCGGGACCUGCCGUCCCUCCGAUGAAGACCUACAUCUUGUUAUGCGGGGGAAAGCAGGCCCCCAACCUGCCUCCGGAGGCUCCGCUAGGUGCGGGGGGCCUUGCCCAGGCCAGGGAGCCUUGCGGAGGGACUGCGCCCCCAGCUCCACCCCCGGCCAGCCCCGGAGGCCUUGCGGAGGCUCCUGAGGCCAAGGGGAGCCCCGUGAAGGCCGUGUCCUCGAGGUCCUCCGCGUGGGGAACGGUCAUCGGCUCCCUCAAGGCCCUCUCCUCCUGCGUCUGCGCACAAGCGGAUUAA